AUGAAUUGGUUUAAACAAACACUCGCAAAUGUCGUGGGAACUGAGGAACCAGAGUAUGGUUCUGCAGGUAUUCGCACGGUAACAGAUCAAGCUGAGAAAACUCCCUACACCGAGUUGAAGAAGACCGAUUUGAAAUGGAAGGCUCAAGAGAGUACAAAUGUAGAGACUCAGACCUUCUAUAUGAUCUCAGAUGAGGGUAAAGUCGCAUCUGUUCAGAUGAUUUACAACAAUGUGGCUGGACUUCGAACAACUUGUCAACUGAACGUCAAAGUAUUCAAUCACAAAGGUCCAAAACAAUCUGACCAUCUCUGGCUUUCAGAUUCACUCGAAAACUAUGGCUUCGACGAAGAAAUGGUUUCGUUCUACGCCGACGGCCUUUCCAUCGCAUUGAACGAAGCUGGUGACGAAUACACCAUCAAAGCCGCUCGUAAUGAGUCUGGACUUGUCAACCUUGUACUCAAACGCGCGGCCCCUGGCUUCCAGGUGGGAGAGAAUGGAACCACCUAUUACGGUACUGAUCCCGCCGCACCUUGGGGAGAGAUGAGACAUAGAUUCUGGCCUCGUUGCACCGUCACUGGUACAAUCACCACACCCGAGAAGAACUACGACUUCAAAGGACGCGGAAUUUUCAUUCACGCCAUUCAAGGCAUGAAGCCUCACCAUGCUGCAGCAAAAUGGAACUUUGUAACUUUUCAAACACCUACCUACUCCGCUAUCAUGAUGGAGUUUACAACCCCUGCUUCUUACGGCCACACCUCGGUGAAUGUUGGAGGCAUUGUAAAGGACGGCGAGAUCGUAUAUGCCGGUGCUACCAACACCGUGAAACAUACCGAGUCGAAGGAAGACCCAGAAACUAUGUGGCCCGAACCUAUCUCAGCCGAGUAUAAAUGGGAAGGCAAGAGCAAAUCUGGUGAAUUUUCUGCAGUUCUCAGUGGACCGCUCGGGGAAAGGACAGACAGAGUUGAUAUUCUAUCUCACAUUCCCAGUUUUAUCAAAUCGGUUGUUGGAGGAGUUGUGGGAACCAGACCUUUCUGUUACCAGUGGGCUAUUCCACCAACCGACUCCCUCGUCCUCAAGAUUAAGGAUGGCGAGACAGCUGUAGAGGAGCAAGGUACACUCUUUGGUGAAUCAACCUUCAUCUUGUAG